AUGGAUGUUUUUUUGAGAAACAUCGCCUUUGCAGUUACCCAAGAAGAUUUGACACUCGAAUUCGCUAAGAUACUGCACAAACCCCCGUUCCCAUCCGAUCCCCUUCUUAAUUUUGAAGCCCAAAUAUUCUACAAGACACACCCGAAUGGAAAGCGAGGCAUCCUUGCUCUUCCCACAGUGGAUGCUGGCAUCACUCUCUUGCGUGCUUAUGGUGACACAGGGAUUGUCGUCAAAGGCCGCCAAAUCCUCCUCAGCAAGAGCACGCAACCGAACAACAAUGCCCGCAUUUUGAGGUUGAAUACUGUUCCUUGGGUUGACCCAGUGAAGCUGCGAGAGGAGAAGGAAAGGCUUCUGCAGCAAUCAAGGCCUUUCCAGCUCCUUCGCUACUCAUUUGGGCGCUUCACUAGGGACGGUUCUUUUUCUUCGGAAUUUAGCCUUCCUGGCGUUGCCAAUGUCUCCUGUGAUCUAGAGCGUCGGCAAGUACGCUUCACUGUCACUCCUGAUGAUGGGAGUGACGACCUCCUUUGGACCUCGACGUCUAUUGCGUCUUAUGCACAACUGAAAAUCGCAGCAUUAGUGGGUAACCAGGAUGAUGAUACCCACAUUCUUUUCAUUCGUGCCGAUGCGCCCCCGGUGUUCUCCGUGGAUAAUGAUGUCGGUGGAAAUGGAAAUACAAGCCCUCGACGCCUACAGGGCUUGACGUGUUAUCAUCCUAUGCCUCCCGGCAGCCAUAGUCUUAUGCUGGUAUUCAGCAACCAGUCAGAUGCGGAAACAUUCAUGUUCGCAUGUCGCAAUCGCCUUCAUCUGCGGUACUCUCCAGAGUCCCAUGUUCGGAUCCAUGACCACACUUCUAAUAGCAGCCCUGUCGAGGAACUGCACGAGUUUCUCUCCGAGAUACCAUACGAGCUUGGGUUUCAGGUGGAAAAGACCGUUGCAGAUUUUGUUUUUACUCCAAUGGAAAUAUUUUCGCUGAAGGAGGCAAUUAUCUCGUUGCACACUGAACAUGGCUCCGAUGCCCCAGAAAUUUUCCAGUCCUUUGCAUCCGAGCAUGAAGGACACAACGCGGCUCGUAAACCACGCCGCAAACGCCGGGCACAGUGGCAUACCAGCCGAGAAGAUUUAACUUCUCUUCUUGGUCAAGUGAUCCACGAGUUCACCAGAGAGCAUCAAAGGCCCCUCCGUCUUCUAGCUCCCCCACCACAGAGCGGAGUAUACCAGUCCUACCAUCUGAUCCUAACGCCAACACGAUACAUCUUAGAGGGACCUCUCCCAGACCAGUCCAACAGUGUCUUGCGCAAAUACAAAAAUCACGAGUGCUUCCUGCGCGUUACUUUUCAGGACGAGAAUCGAUCAAAGCUUCGUCGGGACUUAGAGUCUUCCAUCAGCGACCUUCUGAAGGAGCGGUAUCGCCCAAUUCUGCUCAGAGGCUAUCGCGUCGCUGGACGUCAAUUCCAGUUCUUGGGAUAUUCGAUGAGCGGUCUGCGAGAUCAUUCGGUGUGGUUUAUGACACCGUUCACGGAUGACAGCGGGACACUACUGGAUGCAGACGCAAUUCGGCGCAACUUGGGUGAUUUCUCUAAACUUGUCAACCAACCCGCUCGUUUGGCUGCAAGGUGGUCUCAAGCCUUUUCUGGCACCGAUCCAUCCAUUACACUUCUUCCCGAAGAAAUCGAUUAUCACUAUCCCGACAUAAAAUCGCCCUCUGGCAACGUUAUGACAGAUGGGUGUAGCCCCAUAUCGGUCGGGCUUGCAAAGGACAUAUGGAGGUCUUUGCAGAAAGGCAAGAGGCGACCCGCCAAGUUACGCAAUGUUCCAUCCGCUUUCCAAUUUCGUCUCGGUGGUGCUAAAGGCAUGGUCGUCCAAGAUCCGACAAUCGAAGGCAACCUCGUUCGCCUUCGUCCAUCGCAGAUUAAAUUUGAUGCACAGGAGAACCUCACUUUUGACGUCCAAUCGACAUCAGCGAAACCAAAAGCGAUGUUCCUCAAUCGCCCGCUCAUCGUGCUUAUGGAGUUCUUGGGAGUGGACAUCAGUCGAAUCAUUGACCUGCAGGACGACGCGAUCGCCAAAGCUCAAUCCGUCCGAUCAUCAUCCCUCGAUGCUUCGAAAGUUAUCCAGCAACACGGACUGGGAGGAUCGUUCCAUCUACCAUCUCUCUUCAGAAACUUGUCCUCCAUUUUACGGCUGGAUGUUGGAAAUACGGAGGACGAGUCGUCUCAGUCACGAUGGACAAGCGAGCUCAUAGAAAGCUCCCUGCAUUGCGCCGAAACGCAGAUCUUGCGGGAGCUGAAGUAUCGCGCACAUAUAGAAGUGCCGGAUUCGUAUACGUUGCUUGGUGUUUCCGAUGAAUGGGACUGCCUCAAGGAGGGAGAAGUUUACGCAGUCGUGUUUAAUGAAAGGACGGGAUUGAAUGAGCAAAUCCUGGGCGAGGUCGCCGUAACCCGCAGCCCGCAGAUUCAUCCAGGCGAUCUGCAGGUUGUGCGGGCCGUACACCGUCCAGAGUUGGCGCACUUGAAGAAUGUCAUUGUGUUUUCAUGCGAGGGUCAGCGAGCGCUUGCAUCAUGUCUAGGUGGGGGUGAUCUUGAUGGCGACGACUUCAACCUAAUCCGUGAUCCGAAAUUGCUGCCAACGCAUUACGGUGCACCCGGAGAGUAUCAGGCAUUACCCAUCAAAAGGACAGAAGCCCCAUGUGACAUCUCCGAUGUCGUGGAUUUCGUAUUUGACUAUAUCGAGGCGGACCUUGUCGGUCUCAUCGCCAUACAUCAUCUCAGGUUUUCUGAUCUGGAGGAUCCAGGUUGCGCAGAGUGUAUGGAACUCGCGAAAUUGGCCUCACACGCAGUCGAUUUCCCGAAGAGCGGCACUCCUGUCAAUUUUACUCAACUUCCGAGGUUCAAGUCGAGGAACCAACCCAGGCCUGAUUUUCUUGCCAAAGAAGGCGCAGAUCUCAACAGCGACCAGUACUACAACAGCAAAAAGCUACUCGGACAGCUCUACCGUCGUGUACCAGUGAAGAAGUGGAUUCCUCAAGAAUGGAACGAGGACUACUCUCCAUCUGAUGGAGCCUGUGUGGAGGACGCGCUUUCUCGCGUGAGCCUCCGUAAUCUCGGUCUUUCAGGAUUACCCAAUCCAACUCAAGAGUUGAUCGAGGAGAUGACAUAUCUACUCGAAGCGUAUUGUGACCAGCUGAUGGUAAUCGGGCAGUCGCACACGAUCUUGAAAAAUAAAGAUAGCCACGUUUCGGAAGCGGAAUUGGUGAGCGGGACCAUCAUGGCAAAUUGGUCCGACCAUCAUCGUCGGCGAGACGCAGUCACUGCGAUGAACUUGCAGACGCAUGAGCUCGUCCGUGCGGUCAGGGCAGAACUCCUGGUCAAAGAUUUGGCGACGACGGAGACAGAGACGUACGAUGAUGAAGAGGAUGAUUAUGAUGACUGGACCUUCCGCGAAGAAUUUGAUGAUACGGAACAGCGAAGUAUGGGAGAAACGUUCAAGCGUUCUUGGGCAGCGUGGUGCGUUGCGGAAGAUACGCUCCAGGAAGAAUCGAGGAUGUUUGGAGCUCAGAGCUUUGGUUUAAUCGCUUUGGGUAAGAUGCUCGAGAUUGUGAAGGCGUCUUAUAUGAUGUGA